UGAGGGCGGGCUGGGAAUAUAACUGGAUCAGCAACAGAUGGAACAGGCGGGUGUGUGGAACAGUCAUCUGAGCUAGCGAGCCGGCCGUAAUUGCUCAAACGUUACCUUAGUGGGCUACAUUUUUUACUGAAGUUGUGCAUGGCCACAUUUGAAGGACCGAAUCGGUUCCUAAUGGGGAUUGUAACGCAAGUCGGCGUUCCCGUGGGCUGGAGCCGUACAAAAAAUAACGACAGCGACGUUUGAAAGAGGAUAUUACAGUAAGCACUAUAAGACAAGAUGGACAUUUCAGAAUUCAACGCGACCACAAAACCACCGACAGGUAGGAAGAUGAAGGGCCGUGCUCCCCCUCCACCCCUCGUCCCCCAGCCUGCCCCGCGCAGGAUCUUCACUGCCAGAAAUGCAGUCCCUGAUGGAGGGCUGGGCAGCGACGACACGAAGGAGAACGUGUUCCGCCCUUCCGUGGACCUACUCAUCACCCUGCCAGAGGGGUUUCAGACGUCCAGCACGGUGGACGGCCGUAAAGCGCUGAUGGACCUGCUGGUGGACCUCUGCAGCCAGCACCACCUGAACCCGGCACACUACACCCUGGAGCUGCUGUCGCCCGGCGGCCAGCCGCUGGCCUUCAAGCCCAACACUCUGCUGGGGGCGCUGGACGUGCACCACAUCCACAUCAGGGAGAAGGUGGCCGAGGAGAAAGUGGUUCGUAAGCCCCCGCCGAAAGUGCCAGAGAAGACGGUGCGUCUGGUGGUGAACUACCACGGGACCCAGAAGGCCGUGGUUCGCGUGAACCCACUGGCUCCGCUGGGAAGCCUGGUGCCCGUCAUCUGUGACAAGUGUGAGUUUGACCCCGCCCACGUCCUCCUGCUCCAGGACAACAUCAGCAACCACGAGCUGGACCUGGACCAGUCCCUGAGCGAGCUGGGGAUCAGGGAGCUCUACGUGCUGGACCAGAGUCUGGUUCUUCAACCUAAAAUGGCUUCCGCACCUGCUCUUAAUUACUCAGAAUCGAUACACUCCAACACCUUAAGUAUUGGCAGAGGUCAGAAAAGAGGCCUCCUGGGAUUCUUCAAGUUCAACCGGAGGAAAACAAAGACUGAAGAGCACACAUCUGUGGACAUGGAGGCUGAUGAUGAUAAUAAUGUUGAAAGCUCAGAGAGCUACUGCAAUGGUGUCCCUGCUGCCCCCUGCAGGCUGUUCGUGGAGGCUCGGCCCAGCACUCUGGGGCAGUCCCAGUCUGUCAUGAACAUCCCCAGAAUGUCCCCCAAAGUGGAAGUGAAGAAGCGGCAGGCUCCCCUGCCUCCUCAGGCCCUGCCCACGCUGACGCAGGCUCCAAGCUCAUUGGACGGUUUCCAGAUGAGCUCCAGCUCCCCCAGCUCCUCCCAGCAGAAGAAGAGGAAGGCUCCAGCCCCACCCCCGACCCCGGUCCCAAGCAUCGCAGCGGAGGACACUGCGUCGGAGAUUAGUCACAGCACGGAGGACUCCGAGCCCGUAGGCUCCAUCUGCAGCAGCAGCAGCAGCUAUAUGGAGGUCACAGAGCCCGCCCCCAGCACCACGCCCGAGGAAGAGCCCGCCCCCAGCACCACGUCCGAGGAAGAGCCCGCCCCCAGCACCACACCCGAGGCAGAGCCCGCCCACAACACAAAGCCCAAGGCAGAGCCCGCCAGCCGCAGCACACCCAAGGCAGAACCCACCAGAGCCACUGCACCUGAGGAGACCGAUUCUGCUCUCAACCUCAAACUGGAGGAGAUGGAGAACAACCGGCACAGCACCAUGGGUGCCGGGCGUCAAGUGCCACUCAAACCUCGGCGAACCCCACCCCGGGCCCCGCCCCAGUUAGAGAUCCCCCCUCCUCCGCCAUAUCCUCCCCCUCCCACAGGCCAGGAUCCCCUUCAUGUUCAGUUGGAGGCAGCCCAGUCCUGGCUGCAUUCUCUGCAGGAGCGUGGGUCGGACCCGGCCCCGGGGGCGGAGCUAGACGUGGAGCUGGAAGCCGAGACCGUGUCCAUGGACAGCGGCAGCAGCUGCCCAGACCAGGGCUAUGCGGCCUCGGAGGGCAUGGCGGAGGACUCGUGCGUCAUCAGCUCGCCCUCUGACCUCGCCCACCCAGCCUCUCCUGACGGCAGCAUCUCCCUCGAGCAGGGCUCCACCCACACUCAUGCCACGCCCAAGGACAGCUCCAGCGACAGCGAUGAAGGCUGUGCCACCUGGGGCUCGCGGCACGAACGCAGCAGCGAUAUUUACCACAAUAGCUCGUCGGGCAGAAGAGAGGACAACUAUGAAGACCCAGAACUCACAACUCAACUUCACCAGACUCUAGCUGACCUUGAAGCCGACUUGGCAGAUGCUGACCGCACAACGGGGGUGUCAGUCAGAGAGCUCUCUGUGUCUUCGAUGGACAGGUCCCCCCACAGUGAGAUCCCUGUGUCUGUCGUGGACUGUGAGGUUCCCGUGACAACAAUAGAUGAAGUGUUUGAGGACUACAGGCACAGCAUGACAGAGUAUGAAGCAGCACUGCUGCAUAGCAUGCAAAUCUCAAAUGGUGCAAAUCAGAGCUGCUCUUAUCAGCCCAAUGGCCAUAGUGAAAACAGAAACAACAACGCCCGCACGUCUGAAAGGCAGGGCGGAGCCAGUGCCACCCCUCCCCAUGAAGUGCAGGGCAUCUCUUUGCCUGACAAACACCUGAGCUGCAGCAGAGAACAGAAGGACAGGAGCUCUGUGAGCCAGGCUACUGACACCAAACCCAAGCCCCAGAGAGAAAGCAGUCUCCAAGAGGAGGCCUGUUCUGUGGAAGCACAAACCCCAUUCCAGAGCGUUCCCAGCAGCCCAGUAGAGUGCCCUGCUGAUGAUGAGCCUGCAACCUCAAUCCGGUGGCAAACAACCCAGAGUAAAAUCACUCAGAAUCCUACCUCUCGAUUUGGUAUGAAGACCUUCACUGUUGUUCCACCAAAACCUGUCCUGGCCCAGAAGCCAGCUGGCUCCCUGGUCAUGGGUGCCAUUAAAAUUGAUGCACAAGGUAAUAUGGUGAAAAAUGACAAAUCUCAAAACCAGUAUGGCGAAUCACUACAGUCUGAGAGUGACUCAGAGCUGCCACUGCUGGGGAAAGCUAAGGCCUUCUGGAGCUCCACAGAGAAGCAGGAAUUAGUCGCCUCCAGCAGGGGGCGCGCUCCCAAAAACAAAGAUCCUGAAAUCCUUAGAGCACCUCCUGUAGAACAUCCAGCAGAAUGUGGUAAAGACCGGAAGGGAAGACCUGAAGUAACUUUGGGGGAGGUUGUGGAGACGGUGGUCGAGCUAGCCAACAGAAAACCUUCCAAUCAGGAGCCUACACAGCAGUCCAUGAAACCCACCUGUGAAUUGGAGCAGAGGAAAGACCUGUCCUUUUUGAAGCCCUCCAGGAGAACCUCCAGUCAGUAUGUAGCCUCUGCCAUUUCUAAAUACACUGGGAAGCCAACUUUCAAAGCUGAGCGCAUUCAGGAAACACAGAGCAUUGCCAGAUUCUCUGUGUCCGAGCAAAAGCCUCCUGGAAAUCAAAACUGUUCAAACAGACCAGAAACAUGCAGCAAGUAUGCUAGAACAUCUUCAGAGACAUUCCAAACGACACAGGUCAAGUCGUCCAUGUUGGUGGUGAAUCCUAAACGCUCCCUGAGUUUCCCAGAUUACACCUCAGUAAAAUCAGAGAGUGCUGCUGAGCUGAAACAGGACAGCACAAGCACCAGCUCACUAGACACAAAUCCAACCAGCAGGGUCUCCCAGCCCCCCAACACUUUACUCCUGAAGCAACCUGUUGCAACUGCACAGACACCAAGGUCCCCCACCAGACCAGAUGCACCCCUCACCAAACAUCUCCAGAACUUGUGUCCUGCACAAUGUGGCAGGGACGGGAUGCGUCCAGAGCUUGCAAAGAAGCCGGAACCUCUGCCAGCCCCCUGUGCGCGGUCAGAACCUGGACAGGUUGGGCCAUUUGGGCCGAUGAAGAAGUUCAAACCCGUGGUUCUGAAGUCAGUUCAGAAGGAGACGUCUCUGCACACCAGCCUGAUGGAGGAAAUCCAGAUGAGCGAGGGGAAGGAGAGGCUCAAGAGGAUAGUUGAUGCUACAAGAGAGAGCACUUUGAAAAAACCGUCCUUUGUUGAAACAGAAAAUGAACACUCAGCACUUUUAUCAGCGAUCAGAGCUCCAAACAACUUCUCAAGACUCAGGAAGGUCCAGUCUGAGGCGGCUUCAGAGCUUGAGAAGUUCAGGAAAUCUGAGCUGAAACCCAGCCCUCAGAGCAAGGAUACCCCUCCUCUCUCUGCCCCUCCUCCUCCUCCUCCUUUCUCUGCCCCUCCUCCUCCUCCUCCUCCUCUCUUUGCCCCUCCUCCUCCUCCUGCUCUGUCUGCUCGGGCCAAGCCCACCCUUGCCCUGAAGAAUACGGGGAACCCAGAGCAGGCUCGUGAAGCCAUGCUGGAGGCCAUCCGGUCCGGAUCAGGUGCCGAACGUUUGAAGAAGGUCCCUAUUCCCACUAAAACAGUGCUCGUCAAUGGAAGACUUGGUAUAAUACAGACAGCCGGUCCUCUCCCACAGGAAAACUAAAGAUUGUUCUGGAAUUUCAUCUGCAUCCACCAGCCCAACCAUCCAAGAGGAGCUCUGCAAGCCAAAUGAUGCAAUUAAUAACCUUUUUGUAUUCUCGCUUAUGUGUCCUUGAAUAUAUCUUCUUUGCUGGUCAUAGAAAUGCUGUGGAGUGCAUGUGCCAAUGACUGCAUAUUUGAAAAUGUUUUUUCUUUUUUCUUUUCUGGUUUAGAAUUAAUGUUGAUUUUUAUGCAAGGUCUUUCCUGCUUAAGACAUCUACUGUUUGAUGAUUGCAUCUCCAAGGAUGGGUUGAUAAUUCACCUGCCAAUCACAGCAUCUAUGCCUGAUUCUAAUGGGCCCAGACAUACAGUGCUGUUAUACUUUAGUCUUUAGAUUUUCCAAAGCAGAUGAAAAAACACCCUUAAAAAUGGAUUUUAAUGGGAAUGAGAGAAACAGUUGGAGAGCUAGAGUUGAAAUUAAUUUUCUUUUCUGACCUUGUACACUACAUAAGCUAGUCUCUUCUGAUUAAGCUAACGUCCAGCAACCACUGACAUUUAAUUGAGUGAGGCCUAUUUUGGUAUAAUGCCCCACACUACGUUUUUGGGUGAGGCAAUGGAAUUCUCCAUAAAAUAGAGAUUGGUACGACAAAAGUUUUUCUGGCUUGAAAAAAAUAUAAAUGGGCUAUUGCUCUAUUUUUGGUGGAAUGGAGUAAAUCUGUGUGUUUCAUAUAUUUCAUGCUUGCUCUAUUUGAGGGCAGUUAAAACGUUUUACCAUUUAUUUAAAACACUGGCUCUAAUUUAGAGAUUUUUUUGUUGUACAUUUUACUUUACUUUAAGUAUUGAAUCAUUUUUGUCUAUUUAUGUAAACUAUUACUUUGCCUGAUUGUAGGCAGAGUGGUGUAGUUUGCCUAUUUCAGUAUUACUGAUAGGUGAGUUCUUACUAACACAUUUACUCAUGCCAUUAUUUGAGUAUUGAAAUAGUGUGUCUGAAAAUGAAGUUAUAAAUGGAUCUGAGGACGUUUAACUAUAGAUUCAUGCUUUCAAGACCUGUUUCAGAUAGAAUCAGUCUUCUUAAGCCCUUUGCUCCUCCAGGGAGAGCAGGUAGAAUCUGUACAUUAAUAAAAUAUGUAAAAACGGAAGCCUAUAUGACAGGCCUGAGUGGUCUUGGAGGGGUCUUUCAUAAGAGAACAUUUAUUGUGGGGUUCUUCAAGGCUAGGUUCCAGUGUCAGAGUUUAAUAUCAGGAUGGCUUGUUUUGGCCCUUUUACAUUCCUGUUAUUUUUUCAUGUUUAUCUCUGCAAAUGUACAUAUUUAGCACAUUGACUAGCUCACAGAUGUGCAGAAAACACUAUUUGUUGCCCUAGGUCAUAGGCCACAAAAAUAUGAUCAUGAAACUAUUUUCCAAACAUCAAAAACUCACAGACCAAAUCCUGACUGUGCCAGUGCCAAUGACAACCAAGAAUUCUGGCCUAUUGCUCAAUAUUGAUCCCAUUUAUCAGUUGGGCACUUCAACUUUACCAGUGGUGUCAAUUGCACAGACUUCUAACACAGUAAUUGUGCUGAUCAUCUAUUGGAUCAGAGUGAAAAGAAACACUUUGCUGUCUGCACAGGAAUUAAUGGAUGUGCAUGCUUGUGUGUCUCAUCCCAAAUUGACAUUGCAGCAAUGGAGCAGGUCCAGGUUGUGACUGAACAUUCAAAAGUUGGGGAACAAGCAAUUUGGAAAGAAAAAAAAAUGGCUUGUGCUUUGGCACAUCAGACAUGGAUUAUAAAAUGUUUGUUAUGAAUAUUGGCCCUGGGCUGCCCCAGGUAGGCCCAGUAUGAUCAAAACAGAUCUCUUGAUGGGGCUGACAGUAAAAUUGUCACAUUUAUUGUGCUCCUUUCAAUUAGUCAUAAGCUCCAACCGUUAUGGCUUUCAGAAGUUUUAUAUAUGUACACAUGUCAAUAACUUUUUACAGCUUUUACUAAUUCCACUCACAUUUGACACAUGCGUAAGGCACUGUGAGAAUUCACUCAUUCAACUAUAGUAAUGGUUGUCAUCCAUCUGUCUUUAGAUACACUGUUGAAUGUAGUCUUGAUAAAAAUCCCCAGCCAUUCAGCUUGAACACUAUUUGCAUAUAGCCUCUAGUAAAAAAAAAUGUCCAAUGAUUAUACCAGAAUGUGAUUAUGCUGAGAUUAUGUAUAUUUUGUUAAAGAAUAAUAUAUUACUUUCAAUUUUAUGACUACGUUUAGGGUCUUGAACAUGUAACAGAAUAGUGUUAAAUCAAUUUAAGGGCUGAAUUUUGUUUUAUAAAUAAUACAGGGAAUUUCAUUUUGUUAGGUACUUAAUGGACAUGUACGAAUGAUACAUAUUUUUGCCUUCCUAAUUAUUCAUUCAAUAAAUAAUUUUUGUAAUCAUGAAAGCAUGUUAUGACA